AUGGCACGAUCGUAUAGAACCCUCAAGGGGUACCUCGCGCUUCUCCUAGUCACGUUGUUCACAAUAUCUUCAUCGGCGCCAGCGUCGUCCCUCGAAGCAAGGGGAUCAUGGACGGGGUUAUCCUCCCGCGAAUUCACCGAAGAGGGAUGCCGUCCCAUCAUCUUCAUCUACGCCAGAGAGACCAUCGCUCCCGGUAACAUGGGCUUCUGGGUAGGUCCCGAGAUAUCAAACAGACUCAAGCUCUACUUCGGCGUCGACAACGUCGCUACAGAAGGUGUAGACUAUCUUGCCUGGAGGGAAACCAACUUCUACAAAGGAGGCACCUCCCCCUUCGGCAUCUUCCUCAUGCAGGUCCUCCUCACCAAAGCCGUAACGCAAUGUCCCACCUCCAAGAUCGUCGCCGCCGGCUACAGCCAGGGCGCCGCAGUGGUCCACCGCGCCGUUCAAUAUCUCGACGAAGAUAUUCGGGAUCGCAUUACUGCUGUCGUCACGUUCGGCGAUACCCAGACUCUGCAGGAUGGCGGGCGUAUCAUCGGCUUCCCGCUCGAUAAGACACUGAUUAUCUGCAAUGUGGGAGAUAUUAUUUGUACGGGGACGUUAUACGUUUUCCCCAUUCACCUCGAUUAUACGAAACGCGUGCCAGAGGCCGUGCAUUGGCUUAUCUGGAAAAUUUUGUCGUCGUAUUUCAAUCCGCCGAUUACGCCUUGGUAUUGGUGGCAGCAUCCACCUCCGGGAUGGAAAUUACCGCCAGGAGAGGGCGACGGCGAAGGCGACGGCGAAGAAGGGGACGAUGAUGAGGAUAGUAGCGAUGACGACAACCGUUGGGGUACAAUGCUUCCCCCUCACUUGUCCAUGUUUCCCUCCAUCCCGGUCGGUGACCCCGCUCCCACCGUCACGGUCGGCAUCCCUCCGGAACCAACGGAGCCGGACAUCAGCGACAUCUUGUCCGAUUACCCCGAACUCUCCACGAUCCUUACGUCACACUUCCCCGGCUUCGAAACGGAGCUUCCGGAGGCCCCCACCGCAGUCCCGACUCAUGACCCCAACUUUGCCACGACAACGACCACUGUCACGGUCACCGUUACUAUUUCUCAGCCGAUUGGGUCUGAAUGCCCGUUGCCUGGAGAACCAACGGAUGAAGCUCUGAACCGUCGUUCAGGAGAUUCCCACGGCCUCUCUUUCUGGAAACGGUGGUGGUGA